AUGCAAAUCACGACUGAGAGCACCGGAUCAAAUGCUCUUCUCCCUCAAGGAGAAGAUAAAUUUUCAAAUGAUUCACAGAACACCAAUGCUAACUUGGACGGCACAAUGUCUACCAUAGGUACUAGUGAUAAUUCUGAAAUAUUGAGUGAAAUUGGAAAUUCUUCUAAUGAUUGGCUCAAAUCAAACACUCAAGAAAAUGACUACGAGUUUGUUGGAUUAGAGUCGACUAUGGAAAAUUCCAUACAACAUUUUCUUCAGUAUCAACAAAAUUUUUGUAAGUUGGUACAAGAAUACGAAGAAUGUGCGCAACCUGAUCCUAAUUAUCUCGAGCAACAGCGGAUUCCAGAUUCAAUAGGUCAUCCUUUGCUAUCAGAUUAUAAAUCCUUGAUGACAUCAAUUUUUUACAAUCCGAACUAUCCCGAUCAAAUGAUAUAUUUACAAAAAAAUCGGGAGUCGACGACAAACAGAAGUCUCGAAGAAUUGAUCGAAGGACAAGGCUUUAGGAUUUUGAAUGAGGAAAAGUUUGGGGAAUCCAGUGUGGGUAGAUUUAUUGCUGGAAUUAAUAGUCAAGAACUGACUCCUGGGAAAAAUAGUCGAUCACUAUAUAUGAGUGAAGAUAAUAAAAAUUCGGCACAGUCAAUAAAUGAAGCUUUAUCGAUAACAACAUUUUGUAAUCCUAAUUAUCCUGAUCAAAUAGUUCACUUGCAACAAACACAAAGUGACGGUCAAGAGUUGGAAAAUGACAAAGAUCAUUCGAAUCCAAAUAUCCCAAUGUUAUUAAAAAAAGUCGGAUUCAUUAAGCUAAAGAUAAAAGAAAUUGGAUCCUCUAUUAAUGGAAAUAUAAAUUCUUCCGAUGACAACAAAGAAAUUGAUCGAGGAGUGAGAGGAAGUGUCGAAAAAUCUACGUCGGGACAAAGGAGUCAUCCAUACCUUUCCGAAGAUCAUUCAUCGAACACGGUAUCGGCGGAAGCGCAUUUGCAACGGAUGCAAGUUGAUGUUCAGCAGAAAAAGGAAUGUGAAGUGAAGCCAAAUAUUUUGACGGCAUCACAUGAAGGCAACGUUGUCAAAUCAAAAACCAAAGAAUCGGUAUAUCCUUUAUGUGGAAGGAGUAGCGAUUCUAACAUUGAUGAUGGAAUAGCAAAUCAAGCUUUGAACGAGGGAUCAAUGUUGAGGCAGAGAAAAUCUUCGACUUUGAUUAAUGGUUCCCCUUUACCUAUAGAAAAUCCACCACCUAAAAGAAGAGGAACACUGUGGAAGCAAUACAUUACUCCAAAAAAUUUGUUGGCCUUCUUAGUGGUCAUUAUAUCACUAGUGGCAUCGAUGCACAAGAUCACGCUAUCCAACUUUAACGAACAUGGUCCGUCCCACAAUUACGAAAAGAAUUCCAUGAAUAGUAUCGCUGAUUCAACAGAAAAUUUGGUGAAUGGAAUGGGAGAAGUAGAUUUGCCGCCUUCAGAUUCAAUAAUGAAAGGCACAGUUCUUUAUAAACAAUUUGCGAAUGCAAUCGAAAGUAGUCCAGCAUUUAAGAAGAACGGCGCCACAAUCGCCGAGUAUUUACGUCAGUUCAGUAAAAAGAUCUUUGAUGCCGGAAUCGCCUUUGAGGCUAUGUAUAGAAAAGGCGAUAUGUUAUUCUGGGUAUUGGAAACACAAGUUAAUCUAAUCUUGAAUAAGCUCAACCCAAGUUUGUUUGGUCAAAUUUUUUCGAGGGACGAUGCAUCAUAUAUCAGCUCGAGACUUGAGGAAAUAAGUAAGGAAAUUGUUUCUUUCGAAAGGAAGCUUAAAAAAGCAAUGGAUGCAAUGGAAGAUGCAGAAAACACGAGAGAUUCUGCGGAGAGAUCUUUGGUGCAAGGACGAAAUGAGGCUGAAAAGUUUGUUGAUUCGCGGCUAAAAGACAAAGCAAAUAGUUUAGAAUUCGAAAUUGAGGCGGAGAAACCUUCUGAUUCGAAAUCGAGGAAAGGGGCAAAAAAAAUUGUUGAUAAAGGAUCAAAGUCAGGGAAAUACCGAUUAACACGAAUUUCACAAUUUCUUGAAGCUAAUUCUGAUAACGAUCGUGAUUAUCAGAACGCCAAGAAACAUUUGGAACAAGCAGGAGAAAUCUUGGAUUUGUUAUCUCAUACGGCUAAAGGUUUAGAUGAAAUACAAAAAUUACUGACAAACUAUAGGUAUAGUUUAGAAGAUGCUAAGCCUGAGGUAAUGGGCAAAACUUCAGUCAGUAAGGAUGAAAUCGAUAAGCUGAAAAAACUCAUAGAGGAUGUAAAGAGAUAUCAUCAAAAAUUUGUUAAGAAAAGCGACCCAUUGUCCAUAGAUGAUGCAUUCUAUUAG